AUACUGGUUUAUAUAAUGCAUGAACGAAGGUAUACAUUGCCACACAAAUCAUGACCCUCGAUAUGCAGAAGUUGAUGACUGGUCCUUAUCAAGUUGGUUUGGCAAGGGCACAAGCUCAUAGCUCUGCUUUGUCAUCUUUAUAUCCCUGACCCAAUUGGUCCAACCCUGGGCUGUCCCAGCUGGGGACCAAUAUUUGUCAAGUCUCAUCCACCACAUAUUUUUUCUCAAUAUCUUCAACUCUCAUCUCUCUCUAUAUAAACUCCUGCAAAUCCCAGGAACCUUUCAAUCCACAAGUCACCCUUGUACUACUUGCCCAAAAUUCUACUCUUCUUACCCUCUGAUUACAAGAGAGUUCUACAGUUAAGCUUCAACAUGGCAGCAAAUGCUUUCUCAAUGAGAAGCAUGAAGGUAAGGUCAUGGCAGAGGUGUUCAAAGCAAGUUAGGGAGCAAAGAACACGGCUUUAUAUCAUCUGGAGAUGUACUGUGAUGCUUCUGUGUUGGCAUGACUAGUAGCCAUAGCCCUGCCCCUUUGUUGAUGGGUCAAGUUUCGAACAGGCGAACGGAGAGUGUAUCAAGCGACUGACUUUAUUAAAGGUAAAGUCAACGAUGAACGAGGCAGAGAACAGUUCCUCCAAAGAGUCGCUUGAUUUGCUUAUACAAGGCGGAGAAGCUGGGUUUGAGAAUGUCCUGUUCUUUUGUGGAACACAUGUAAUAUAGAAAAAAAGAAGUGAUGGAUGCCUUUUUACAUUUUUGUUUCCUCCACUCUGUAAAAAGGUUUAUUCGAAUAUAAACAAGUAUACGAUUCCUGAGCCAA